ACAGUGUCUUGGUGAAAAUCUAUGCGCGCACGCGUGUUUUUCGCGCGAACGCCCGCGCUGUCUGUACGAUCGCAGUUCGUACAAGUGACAAUUCGCAUUACAAAAUGUUCGCGCCGGUGCAGUGAACGUAUUUUACGUGUUUAGUGAUUAUGUGAACGAAAUGGAGACGUUGACCUCGGUACCGUCGGCCGGCGCAGACGCAACCGGCGAGCGCUCUGUACCGCUCGGAGUGAAAUGAAUAUGGAAUGCAGUGAUGGAAUGUUUUACUCAUAUUGAUGCUUUGAAGAUCGUGAAAAUGAUCGUGCUGUCGAAUAUAUUCCGUGGGAAUCAUCCCCAAAAUCAAAUAUCGAGAGAUAUUAACGGGCCCACCGAUAACGAUAAAGAGAAACCCGCGAGACCAAUCUCGCAGAGCUCUUUGCGCUUAAAGCAAAGGACGAAAACCGAAGACAAUAUUAGUGCUAAUGUGUCUGAUAAUGGUUUAAAAAAAGUGCACAGUGAAAAGUGUAUAUCGAAUAGUUUCGACACCCUGCUCACUCACAAGCAGGGUAAAAAUAAAGUGAUAUGUAGUGCCAAAGGUUUAUUAGAAACUAAUUUAGAUGAUCUAUUUAAUGAUGUCCAAAAGGGGGAUGGGUGGAGUCAACCAAAGAGUUUAGGAACGAGCGAACCUAUUUUAAAGUUUAAUGAGAGUGUUGGGCGGGAUAAGCGCGAGUCGCUCGUAUCAGGAGAUGACAGUGAUGAUGCAUCGAUGACGGAUAGUGACUGUACUGAAGGGGACGCGCAGCAGAGGAAAUGUAUGGGAGCACGGCGGUUCGGCCAUAUGUUGAGGAGAGUUAUAUCGAGAAAUGUGUUCCCUAAUGUACCGGCUGCGCCGGGGAUGCCCUGUACUGGUGAAGACAGAAGCAUAUACAGGAGGGGAGCGCGCCGGUGGCGGAAGCUCUACCGCGUUAAUGGUCACAUCUUCCAGGCGAAGCGAUUCAAUAGAAGAGCGUUCUGCGCGUACUGCCAGGACCGUAUAUGGGGCCUCGGGCGGCAGGGCUUCAAGUGCAUCCAGUGCAAGCUGCUGGUGCACAAGAAGUGCCACAAGCUCGUGCAGAAGCCCUGCUCCAAUGAGCACGUGGACCCCAUCGAGGUUAAGGAUGACGCGAAUGGAGAGAGCACCCUGGGAAGAGCGGCGUCUGUCAGAUCGCGCGCAGAGCCGGAGCCCCCGCUGCCGGAGACUCCGCCCGCGCCGGUGGCGGCGCCCGUGCGCAAUGAGGACCUGGAGCCCGGCUCGCAGAGACAGUACUCGCUCGAGGACUUCGAGCUCAUCAGGGUUAUCGGCAGAGGGUCGUAUGCUAAGGUGCUCAUGGUGGAACUGAAGCGGACAAAACGCGUGUACGCUAUGAAGGUGAUCAAGAAGGCGCUGGUGACAGACGACGAGGACAUCGACUGGGUGCAGACAGAGAAGCACGUGUUCGAAACCGCGUCCAACCAUCCCUUCCUCGUGGGACUGCACUCCUGCUUCCAGACACCAAGUCGCCUGUUCUUCGUCAUCGAGUUUGUGCGGGGAGGAGACUUGAUGUUCCACAUGCAACGUCAGCGUCGUCUCCCCGAAGAGCACGCACGUUUCUACGCCGCGGAGAUAUCUCUCGCGCUACACUUCUUGCACGAGCGUGGUGUUAUCUACCGCGACCUGAAGCUGGACAACGUGCUGCUGGACCACGAGGGGCACAUCAAACUUACCGACUACGGCAUGUGCAAGGAGGGAGUUCGUCCCGGGGACACGACGUCCACAUUCUGCGGCACGCCCAACUACAUAGCGCCGGAGAUCCUGCGCGGCGAAGAGUACGGCUUCUCUGUGGACUGGUGGGCGCUCGGGGUGCUCACGUAUGAGAUGCUGGCCGGCAGAUCGCCCUUCGACAUCUCCCACGCAGCUGACAACCCGGAUCAGAACACGGAGGACUAUUUGUUCCAGGUGAUCCUCGAGAAAACAAUCCGUAUACCGCGUUCCCUCUCAGUGAAAGCAGCAUCAGUGCUGAAGGGCUUCCUCAACAAGAGCCCUUCGGAGCGGCUCGGCUGCGGGGAGGGCGGGUUCCUGGACAUCGUCAGCCAUCCCUUCUUCAAGAGCAUCGAGUGGGAGAUGUUGGAGCAAAAGCAAGUGGUCCCACCAUUCAAGCCGCGGCUGGAAGGCGAGCGGGAUCUCGCCAACUUCCCGCCAGAGUUCACGGAUGAGCCCGUGCACUUGACGCCUGAUAAUGACACAGAGAUAGCGGACAUCGACCAGAGCGAGUUCGAGGGCUUCGAGUACGUGAACCCGCUGCUGAUGUCGCUCGAGGACUGCGUGUGACAGCACGCCUGUCUGCUGCACCCACACACACAGCAGGCGUACGGGUACGGCGCGGAGUCGUCGUCCUCAGACUACGACUCUGUGUGCUCGGAGCGGCCCGCACGCAAGCCCACGCUGCUGCAGCACAUGUUCUGCUUGCCGCUCAACUGACGCACUCGCGCACACCACACUCGACACACUCAACAUGUCACUCAACACACUCAACAUGGAACUCAACACAGUCAACAUGGAACUCAACACAGUCAACAACAAACUCAACAUGAAAAUCAACAUGAAACGCAAACUGUCACUCAUCACGGAAUACAACAUGUCACUCAACAACAUAUACAAGACAGUCAAUACAUUAAACGUGGAACUCAACACGACACUAAACAUGGAACUCAAUUUUCUAUUGAAGUUCCAUCGACGCGUACAGCUCAACAAUCAGCUCAACAAAAAACUCAACAUCAAACUUGCUGUCAAGAAUCGAAAGAUGCAACUCAACAAUUGUUGAGUACAACUCAACAAUUAUCGGGUACAUGUUGUUGCUUGUUUAGUACAUCACAACAGUCAACAGGUAGAACUCAACAAAUGAUGGGUACAACUCAACAAUUGUUGAGUACAUCUCAACUUCAGACUAAACAAUCUACACCUACAACUCAACUUUCGACUUGUCAACAAUCGAUCAGAAUAACACAAAAAUCAUCUUGUAUAACUCAAAGCGGCUUAGAACAAUCGCCUGAUUUUUGUCAGCAGUGUUUCAGCGUUGCUCAACAAUCGCCUGGCGUGUCUCAACAGUAUUUCAAUGUGACUCAACAAACGUUGAGCCCUUCUCAACAUUAUUUCUGUGUAACUCAAUCACCGGGCACAUCGAAGCAGUAUUUUAGCGUAACUCAACAAUUGCCGAGUACUUCUCAACAAUCUUUCCAUGUAAUUGAAGAAUUACCUACCAUUCCGCGACGCUUUAGCGUUACUCAACAAUCACAUGGUACAUCUCAACAAUCAUUCGACAUAACUCAACUAUCACCUGGUACUUCUCAACAAUCAUUGAGUGUAACUCAACAAUCACCUGGUAUUUCUCAACAAUCGCUUAGUGUAACUCAACAAUCACCCGGAACAUCUCAACAAUCACUCGAUAUAACACAUCAAACAAAUCCAGUAUUACAUCAAUCACAACGCAAAAAACAAUCACGACGCGUUGUUACAUUCGAUGCAGACAUUUUGUGACACGACAUAUAAAAAUAAUGACUUUGUACUUAUGUUUAUUUUCACUUAUUAACAUUAAUUUCUAAGUAUUAUAUUCUUGUAUUAGUAUUAUUAAUAAAUACUUUACCAAUAUUUUACAAUAUUAUUAUUAAGUGUUUAAAACUUUAUAUUUUAAAUCGUAUUAUAACAGUAUUCCAAUUUUGUAUUAUUUUUACAAUUAUUUUAACAUUCCAAUGUAUCGAUGUUUAAUAAAACAUGGUGCCUAAAUGUUUGGGAAAGACGAGGAAAAAAUAAGGGAAUUGACUUAGUAUUGCAUUCAACGCAUUUGGUGCUCAAAUAUAUUGAGAAUUGGGGUUUGGGGGCAGCGGUAGACAAACAUAUUAUGAAUUGGCUAUAUUGUGUACAUACGAUGUAACGUUAUUGUUAGAUUAUAUAUUAUAAAUAUGUAUCGUGUGCGAUCUAGAAAAGUUUAUUGAAAAAUAUUUCAAAGAUAAUUCCCAAGAUUUAUUUAAUGGUACUAUUUUCACUUCAAUUUUAAUUUAUCAUAUUUGAAAGAGGGCACUAUUGCUAGAAAGUAUAGUGUUUAUUUUACAAAAAUAUUUUUAUGGGUUGAGUAGUUCCCCUAAUAUGUACAAGCUUUUUGUAAUAAUGUUUUCUAAAAUGUCUCCGAUAGUACACUAUCAUUAGUAUUAAUUAUUAUUUUACUCAAUAAUGAUAAAAUAAUAAACAAUAUUGACAAACGGGUCGCACACAUAAAAUAAUAAUGUUUUCUCCUAUUAUUGUAAAGUUAGUUGACACAAACCAAAGUCCAUACUUUGGUACGAAACGCUUUCAUGUACAUAACAUUGACGUUAAUUGUACUAUAUAACGUUAUAUACUGUAUAAGGUUCAUAUUUUUGUGAUUAUUCGUAGUCGAUGUCGGCUUUCUAAAAGAAACGCCAUUUAUUAUGUACAAUAAGUAUAUAAACAUUCUAAAAUUUAAACAACGUCUCUAAACUAUUAUAUAAAAUUCGAUAUAGCGCAUCCCGUCUCGGCGAUGAUAAAUAGGAAAUUUAUAUGUCACGUAUAAAUGUGUAUUAAUUUACGAGCAAUAAAAUAUGUAAAUGUAUUUAAGUAUAUCGGCAGAUCGUCUGCUCUGAAGGCACGUAAGGAAUUAAAAGUAGUGACAACUCUGCGCCGGCGCCAUUCGCCCGCAGAGCUUUAGUGUUAGACUAAGUGUAGUGCGUUCUACUCGUGACGUCAUAACUUCGACUCGCGUUCUAGCUCUAAGUCAUUUACAUUGCGGAAACGCCUUUGUACUUCCAUCUUGAGUAAUUCGAUCACAAAUUUACACACACAUUUAUUUUCUAAAUUAUUUACUAACGCAAUCGUCAAUGUACAUAAUAGUGAAGUGCAUUCGCGCUCGAUACAGAUACAAACGAUAAUAUUGUUGGUGUUGCUGUAAAUAUAUAUUUUUCACGAGGCUUUCGUACGCUUGUGUAAAUUUUGUAUAUGAAUGCUAGAUACCGCCGGUUUAGAGCCAUCACUCGAUUAUUGUUACGACAAGUAUUAUCGUACGUUGAAAACAUCACCCUCAUAAUUAACGGUUACUCGAUUAGCUUAGCGUCGUAAAGUACAUUACAUACCACAUUUGUAAUAUUUAGCCCUACGUUACUUCGGUGCGGAACUUUGCACCAAAUAAUAUAUUGUAAUCCCUUCCUCGUAGAUCCUUUUCUCCUCUCAUAGCGAACGUUACUCGUUAGGUAGCCAACGAAUUUUACAAAUUAAACGUAUAUUAAUGAGCACUGAUACGAAACUAAAAUUGUAUAAUUAUAAACAAAAAAUCUCGUAAAAUAAUAUAAUUAUUGGAUUAUUAUAUAAUAUUGUUAACGUAGGAAAAGACUAUUAUAUGAGAAUAAUAUCGUAAUCUGUGACGGUCCGCGGGUUCGCGCAAAUGUCCACGACUAUUCUAAAUAGUGUGUAGUAUGAACUAUGAACCUAUCUAUUAGAUAUUUUGCACGAUAAUUUAGUGAUUUUCCACACGCGCGUCGAUUUUCUCCCCUAAAUAUAAUGAUAAUGCGUCUUCAGUCGUUUCGCUUGAGACAGAUGUGAUUGUUCGUUAUACAUGUUGUGGUUACUGACUUGCGUUGCCGAGUGCCGAGUCUGUGUUGUGUCCUCGCUCGGGCCUGCUGUUGUUUUGUAUAAUUUUUACUAUAAAUAAGUAUUUAAAUAUUAUUAAAGUACUGUUAAGUAUUAACUUUUAGUUGUUAGAUAACAUUCCACUUUAUGUUUGUAUUGGCGCGUUCUUAUCGUUAAAUUUUAUGGACAUCACACUUUGUAAUGCGGCGCUAUAUUAUAUUGAAGCGUUCGUGACACUUUGUUAAAUUUAAUUUUUCAAAUGUAUAUUGUUGUUUAUAAGAUACUAAUUGCAUGUAAAACCAUUGUCGGUAAUAUGUUAUUGUAAGGAACGAUCGUACAAGAUAUACUUCUUUCCGAUAUUUUUAUUUAGAACAAACAGUAUGCUUUUGUGUUAUUAUUUUAAGUGAACGAACCAAUGUUUAAAGUAAUGCAAUUUUUGUGACUCUGUAUUUUUAAUUUAGGUGUGGUUCUUUAUUUUUAUUGUAAAUCUUCCUUUGUAUUCAAAUCCCGAUAAAAUAAUGUUACUUGUUACGAUUCAUUGUGAACUGCUUGGUGCGUGAUCGCGACUUAUUGUCAAAUUAGACUGGAGGACUUGAGAUACUGUACUAUUCUAUGCUUAAAUGAAAAUAAAGAAAGAUUAAUCUGAA